GGCGUGGAGCUGAGAGCCGCAGGGUGUGCGCCUGCGCCGAGCUCCGGGACAGGGCGUGUUCCUCGUUCCGGUCGGCGUUUUGCUCCGAACGAGUGCAUCACUUGCCACUCAAGUGCGCCCUGCGGAAACCUGUGGUUCCCUCGCCCAGCCUGAACAUGUCCAAGUCUCUGAAAAAGUUGGUGGAGGAGAGCCGGGAGAAGAACCAGCCGGAAGUGGACAUGAGUGACCGGGGCAUCUCCAAUAUGCUGGAUGUCAAUGGCUUGUUCUCCUUAUCCCAUAUCACACAACUGGUCCUCAGCCACAACAAGCUAACAACUGUGCCGCCAAAUGUAGCAGAGCUGAAGAAUCUGGAAGUGCUGAACUUCUUUAAUAACCAGAUUGAGGAGCUCCCCACACAGAUCAGCAGUCUUCAAAAACUCAAACACCUGAACCUGGGCAUGAACAGACUGAACACGCUGCCUCGAGGAUUUGGCUCUCUCCCAGCUCUUGAGGUCCUUGAUUUGACUUACAACAACUUGAAUGAAAAUUCUCUUCCUGGAAACUUCUUCUACCUUACCACCCUGCGCGCACUCUAUCUAAGUGACAACGAUUUUGAAAUCCUGCCGCCAGAUAUCGGGAAGCUCACAAAGUUGCAGAUACUCAGCCUUAGGGAUAACGACCUGAUCUCGCUGCCUAAAGAAAUCGGGGAGCUUACUCAGCUUAAGGAACUCCACAUUCAGGGGAACCGCCUGACCGUUCUGCCCCCAGAACUAGGCAACUUGGAUUUAACGGGUCAGAAGCAGGUGUUCAAGGCAGAGAACAAUCCCUGGGUGACCCCAAUUGCUGACCAGUUCCAGCUGGGUGUGUCCCACGUGUUUGAAUAUAUCCGUUCUGAGACAUACAAAUACUCUGAUUUUAAGGACCUCUCAGGGUUUACAAAGCUCUGUCUCGGGUUAUUUCAGCCUCUACGGCAGACACAUGCAGGCAAACCCAGAACCGCCGAAGAAAAAUAAUGACAAAUCGAAAAAGAUCAGCCGGAAACCUCUGACAGCCAAGAACAAAUAAAGGGUUGGCAUGGGCUGGACUUCUCGUCACCCCUCCUCCUCAUUGUCACUUCUUUUCGGUGUCACCCACCAUAUUCCGCCAAUAAAUGCAAUGUGUGUGUCACCUUUCCACUCCCUCUUGCUAGCACUUAUCACUUCACCUUUUAAAUGCUUUUGGUAGGUGGUAGGUUUUUAUGAGUUCUUAAAAUCAUUUCCAUUUGUUUCCUGAAAACUGCCAAAGGCCGGAAACAAAGCUCUGAUUCAACUGCUAAUUCCAUAGGAGGCACGGACCACAGCUCCUUGAAUAGAUGUUCACUAAGGUGCGUGUUCUCAAAAGAAUAAUUAAAAAAUCAUGCGCUCACUUAAAUGUCACCGCUAACACUGUUUGCUCUUCUGUUUAUUCACAGAACUCAUUAUUUUGCUUUGUGAAAAGCUUUCCUUAACCAUCGAGGUAUUAUGUUAACUUACAAGUAAUUUUUAAUAAAGUCUCGAAUUUGUAUCACA